AUGGCCGAAAGUGUACGAACCACAAAGCAUUAUGCAGUGCUAAUUGGAAUCAACUACUACACAGAAAAGCCCCUAUACGGUUGUGUUAGGGAUGUUGAGAGACUUGAACAGUAUCUGCAAAGCAAGUCAACGCCUAUCCAUAUCGAAAAGUUCAUUGCCAGCACACUUACAGAUUCGCCUUCUGUGCUGCAUGAGCCACCGGAACUGUGGCCAACGUUCGAGAACGUCACGUCCUGCCUCCAAAAAAUAGCAGAUUUGGGACAGUCAGGUGAUUGGGUAUAUAUACAGUAUUCGGGCCAUGGAACGAGAAUUGAAGGGUCGUCGGAAUACAGCAAUACGGAUACCGGUGAUCUGGCCCUGAAUUUACUGGACGGAAAUGAUAUAGCAAACCUUCGCUAUCUCCGCGGGCUUGAAUUCGCAAGUUUUUUACACCGUAUGGUAGAGAAAGGAGUCAAGCUGACGGUAGUCCUUGAUUGUUGUUUUUCCGGAAGCGUUCUCAGGCGAAAACAGGCUGAAAAGAAUAGUGCAAGAUUCCUGGAUUAUGAUUGCGAAGUCGACGCUGCACAUCCAUCGAACCUUGACCCAAGCUUUAUUAUUCGUCACAAGCAGAAUUCAGUAUUUCGUGAUGGCUCUAUGCUCCCCAACUGGCUGAUUCACCCUGUCGGCUACACCAUCCUGGCCGCCUGUGGGCCUCAUGAAGUCGCAGUAGAGCUCAAAUUCGAAGAUGGGACUAGAAAUGGUGCGCUGUCUUAUUUCUUGCUAAGGACAUUAUACCAACUCGGGAAUGGAGAUCGCAACAAUCAAUCUAUAUAUCAACACAUAUGUGCCAAAUUCCAAGCCUCUUGGCCUCGACAAAAUCCCACAUUCUACGGAAAUAAAAAUUUGUCUUUUUUCGGGCAGCUAACAUCUAAUAUGGAUCCAACAUCUAUUCCAGUCUUCCGGACAGAUGUUGGUCUAUGCCUUAAGGCAGGCCAGGCACAUGGCAUAUCCAAUGGUUCUCGUUACACUCUACACCCAUUUACGUUGUCGAGAGAUGAUAAGAAUGAGGGAGUCAAUAACGUAUCUGUGGUGGCUACAGUAUCUGCCGUCCGAGGGCUCACGUCAGAUUUAGAUUUAGAAAAGAUGAAUAACCAGCCGCUUCCUCAACACAUUGGUACCGGGUGGACAGCUAGGCCAGUCACGCAGUUCUCCAUUCGAAAGAUUCCCAUAAGACUCCCGCCAGACGACGCAGAUACCAUGGUUUUCCGUGACAGAUGUGAGCGUUCGCUUGACAUCCAUACGGAUAAUGCCGUCGGCAUUCCUGUGCUAUUCAAUGUUUCAAUUAACGGCCAGAACGAGUUUGAGAUACAGAACGAGUAUUACGAGAGGAUAAUGAGCCUGCCGACAAUCCCAACAUAUCAGGUAGGAGCCUGGGAUAGCUUGAAAUGUGUGCUAGAACAUUUGACCAGAUUCAAACAAAUUCAGGGGCUCGAAAACGAAGUCCCGAUGCCGUCAUUCACCAGCUCAUUUCAGGUACAGGUCACAAGCUCCUUCUCAGACGCUGAUGCUGAUAGCUUGACGGGAACUGUAACCGUGCUCGAUAACGGUAUACUCCAGUUAACAGUACAAAAUAACAGCGAGCAUUGUCUAUACGUGCACGUGUAUGACAUGGGUCCUUCUUGGCAGGUUGAGAAUCUCAUGAGAGCUGAAUAUCUCACUCUACCACCUAAGAAUGACUCAAUUGGGUUAAGUGGAAGGAUGUCCAAAAAAUUACUUAUGACAAUCCCAGAUUCCCUGAAAAAGUUGGGCCUGCAGGAAUGCGAAGAUGUCGUCAAGGUUUUCAUUACUCGCCAUCCGACUUCGUUUUCCUCCUUGGAGCUCCCUAAGAUUCCAAUUCCAACUAAGAUAGCCUCUAAUAGAUAUCGCGGUGCACCAGAGGAUAAUGUGUUGGAGGACUGGGCAGUUUACAAUUUCCGCGUUCGUACAGUUGCCACAAAGAUAUAA